ACUUUCAUAUAUCAGAUAUGGGUUUUGCACUAAGGAAACUGGUUGCUGUGAUUGUUUUUUGUAUCUCAAUAAAUGUUUUAGUAUGUUUUGGACGUAGAAACACAGGAAAAAACUCAGGAAGUGAGGCUUUAUACGAAUGCAUUCAAGCUCAAAUGUGCAAAUGCAACAAACCUGAACGUUUUGGAGGUUGUUACGAACAUCUGACCGAAAAAUCACAAGAGUGGUUUGUGGAUCAAUUGAAUACGUGUAAUUUAGUUGAAUUUGAGUAUGGAAAAAUCAUAGAAGGACUGCAGAAUAUAUGUUCACAUGAUAGUAGUAAACUGAAAACUUGUUUCGAUGAGAAUAAUUCAAAACUCAUGCAACGCUAUAAAGAAGUUGCAAUGGGAAUGCACGGUCCAGAAGAAAAUCCGGCCUUUGAGAAAGCAAGGACAUGUCUUGAAGCCAUUUUAGCCUUCUGCCAGUCAAGUCCUGAUAUGUGCAUGAGUGUUGGAUAGAGAAGAAAAAUCAAUGAAAAACAAAAAUUGUAUCAGAAUCAAGAUGCAAGAAAAGUUUCAUUGCUCAAAUGAUAUCUAUAAUUGUAAAAUAAAGAUAAAUUCUGUCAA